UCUAAGUUGGUAGCUCCGACAACAAAGAAACAAGUUGGCAGCUCUAUUUGGAAAUGAGCGUGCGCAGAGCGCGUAAAACAAAACUGAAAAAACAGAGAGACAGAAGACGUCGCGCACGCAACGGUGUUUUAACAAUUGCUAAAUAAAAAUAAAACCAGUCAAUUGAUAUUGAAUGCGCAAUUGAGAGAGUUUAAUCAAUGAAAAGAACGACAGCUCAUAUUGGCAGCUUAAUUCAGCAAAAGCAAUCAGCAAAACGGCAAACAAAUCAAAGCGAAAAGGAAACAACAGAUUUAAGAUUACUUCCAAAAGAGUGGGACACAACAAAAUAAUAAUAAAGAAAUCAAAAAAGAAAAUGCAACGAUAUUAUGCGGAACGUGAGACAACGGGUCCAGAGUUUGACGAUCGUCUAAUAAAACUUGUACGCGCUAAUCCUGCCAUUUAUGAUGUCAGCCAUCCACACUAUCGACGUAAUCCCGUUAGAGUGGACAUAUGGGAUCGGAUUGCAAAUGAACUCGGCGCUUCAUCUCGUUUUUUGCAAACGAAAUGGAAGAACAUCCGCUACAAUUAUCUGCAGGAGAUCAAGGCACUGGAAACGGGCCAGGUGAAUCCGAAUGUGCGCAAGCGACGCUUCACCGAGGAUUUAUCCUUUCUUCAAAACACCGCACAAACGUACAAUGUGAAAAAGGCGCAAGCCUAUAUCGCCCAGACCAAUACACCCAAUAACAAUAAGAAUAGUAAUGAUGGUGGUGGUGGCAGCAGUGACAAUGAUAGCAACAGUUUUCUCUAUCCAGAUCCGGAACACUUGCGCAUUGAUCCCUCGGAUAGCUAUGACAUUAUAGAGCUGGAUGAUAAUGAUAGCGAGGAUGGUUCAGCGCAUUUGGAUGGUCAUAGCGAUAAUGAAAUUGUGCCAGAAUUGAUGGUAAUGGAUUCGAAACCCGAUGUCACCAUACAGCAGUCAUCAUCGUCGAGUGUCAAUGGCAACGGUGGUGGUAGUGGUAGUCAUAACAAUAGCCACAACAAUACGCAAGUUAGUUCCCCGGCCUCCUCACCGCUGCUUACGCCCAUGGUGGUCAUGGGCAAUGGCUAUGAGCAAUCGGAUGACAAACCGCAAUAUCAUCAGGAUCUGAAGUCACAACAGCAGCAGCAACAACAACAACAUCAUCACAGCAGCAACACAUCGCUAUCUAAUGGUGAAGUGACCAUUGAACCCAUAUUUAAAUCGUCGGUCACACGACGCUCGGCGCCCGUUGGCGACAUUAUGGCGAAUGCGGCGAAACGAAAGGCGAUGGCAGCUCCAUUGCCAACAUUAACGCCUAUUAACGAUCCCAUUGAACUGUACUGUCUAUCAUUGGUGGACACACUUCGCAGCAUGCCCAGAUCGGAGCGGGAACGGGUUAAAUUUGAGUUUGCCAGCAUUCUGAAGGAUGCCAAGUACAAGGACGAGGCUUAAUCUCUGAAAUGUUCAAAACUGUCACUUUGGAUCAUUAAUGCAUACGUACAAUUUUAAGUAAUAUUAUUUCUUAUUAUUAUUAUAUUAUAUAUAUUAAAAUUAAUAAAUACAGAAUUUUUCUAAGACGCUAUCUAGGCUAAGCUUAAUGUUAAUAAUUAUGUACGUAUUUAGUUUUUUUAUUACAAUGAUGUAGUAUGAGUCCAUAUCUAUUCAGUUGUAUCAACACAAAAUAAAAUGAAUUACACAAAAUGUUGCAAA